CACUCCACCGACCCGUUACCCAUACCCGCCAGUCCGCCGGGGCGGCCGGCGAGAGCGCGCGUGUGAUGCGCUGCCGCUGACAUGGCCGGCGCUCGGCCGCUCGUGGCCGCCUGCUGCUGCUGGUGGUGGCUGACAAUUGCAGCCGCCACCGAGCUAGAUUUGCUAGGCGCAUUGUCGCUGCACAACACGUCCCGCGUCGGGGUGAGCACCGCGCCGGGAAUGCAGCCGCAGCGGACUGCUUAUGCCCUCGAUGGGGAUUCGCGAUCGCUGCAGGUGGAGGGCGUAGCGUUCGAGCGUGCCGCCGAGCUGUUGCGCCGCUCGCCCGAAUUCACAGUGCUCGCCGCGCUGCGCCAGGAGCCUGCUAACUCCGGCACCAUUCUCUCUUUUUCGCAUGGGUACAAUAGGUACCUGGAGGUGCAGUCGAGUGGACGGCGAGAUGAAGUGCGGCUGCACUAUGUAGCUGCAGGCGCGUCUGUAGCGCGCGUCGAGACAUUCCCAUUCCGGCUGGCGGACGGCGCGUGGCACCGACUGGCGCUGGCCGUGUCAGGCGCGCAAGCCACGUUGCUCGUCGAUUGCCAUCCACUCUACCGCCGCCUUAUCCCGCCACCUGAUCGCAACUUCACGCAACCACAGCUUGCACUGUGGGUUGGACAACGAAAUAGCAAACAUUCAUUAUUUAAGGGCACGCUGCAGGACGUGCGGCUGGUUAGCGGGCCGCACGGGUACCUAGCGCAGUGCCCCGGGCUGGACUCGGAGUGCCCGACGUGUGGCCAGUUCGCAUUAUUGCAGGCCACGGUCCAAGAGCUCACCACACAUAUCCAUGACCUUUCACUUAAGUUAGUUGGUGCCGAGGCAAGACUGGCGCGGUUAGAGCAGUGCGACUGCCAGAAGUCUUGUUUUAUCAACGGCACUGCCUUACCCGACGGUUCCACUUGGGAGAAGGAUUGUAAUCACUGCACCUGUAAACACGGUGAGAUUACGUGCAGACCAGUAGAAUGUGAACGAGUGGAGUGUAAAAAUCCAGUUUUACAUCCUGGAGAAUGUUGUCCUACAUGUUUACGACAAUGCCUUCUAAAACAAACACUAUACGAGCACGGCGACCGUUUCGUGCCAAAGGAAUGCGCGGAAUGCGUCUGCCACGACGGAAACAUGCAGUGCACGCGAGCGGACCCUAACACGACCUGCCCGCCGCUGCCUUGCGAAAAGUCACUACAAUUCACAGUGCCUGGCGAAUGCUGUAAAUUUUGUCCCGGUGUGGACUACUGCAGUAUGGGCCAUACUUGCGACGAGAAUGCGACUUGUAUGAAUCUCAAUACUAAAUACACCUGCAAGUGCAACCAGGGCUUCCACGGCGAUGGCUACACGUGUGAAGACGUAGACGAAUGCCAGCAAGCGGGUGGGUUAUACGGACAUCACUGUCACUCCAAUACGCGGUGUGUGAACGUGUUCGGCGGGUAUGUUUGCCAGUGCCUACCGGGAUAUGCCAGGAGAGACAAAUUUAGUUGCGUUGAGGUAGACGAAUGUGAAGGUGACACACACGGUUGUCAUAUUUACGCAAAUUGCACUAAUACACCCGGCUCUUAUACAUGUCGGUGUCGAGACGGUUACAUUGGUGAUGGAUAUACUUGCACGCCAAUUUGCACGGGUGGGUGCCUAAACGGCGGUGAAUGCGUGGCACCAGAGCAGUGCGUAUGCGCAGCGGGGUUCGGCGGCGCGCGCUGCGAGCGCGACUUGGACGAAUGCGUAGCGCCUGUACACCCCGCCGCACGCGCGCCCUGCGUGCCCCGCGCCCUCUGCGUCAACACGCCUGGCUCGUACUACUGCGUCUGCAAGGAAGGCUACAGGAGGGACCCGCAAAGAGAUCAUUGUGAAGAUGUUGACGAGUGUGCGGAAGGUUUUCACACGUGUCAUCCAAGUGCACGUUGUGUCAAUACGGAUGGAGGGUUCCGUUGCGAGUGUGAAACACAACCUUGCGAACUUAGUUGUAUAUGGCAAGGACAGACGGUGGGCGAGGGCUCGCGCUGGGUGGAGGAGAGCGGGUGCCGCGUGUGCUCCUGUGCCGCGGGAGUUGCGACCUGCACACGCGCGAUCUGCCCUUGCGACGUACCCGACAAUACUACUGCUGCGUUAAUCAGCACAGAGUCAUCGAUGAGCGUAGCGCCUGGUGCGUGCUGCCCGCACUGCGACGCGCGAUAUCACUGCCGCCACCAGGAGAUGCACCAUGUCACAUUUCGCAGUGGCGAGCGUUGGCUUUACCAGUGCCAGAUCUGCGAAUGCCUCCUUGGAGAGGUUGACUGCUGGGAGCCAGAGUGCGAAGAAGGCGGGGGUUGUUGCGGCGCGGAUGGCUCGGGGGGCGCGGCACCGCACCGCCUCGGGCUGGCCGGCUGUGCACCACCGCACUGCCAGCAGUGCCAGGGCGGGCAGUGUGCUACUUUGUGGAGUCUAAAUUGUAAAUUUGGCGCUCAACAAUGGACCGCUAGAAAUGUAUGCAAAAACGAAUCGAAGAUAAAUUCAUUUCAGGUAUUUUUUUAUGUUGCAUGUGUUAUCUUUUCCCAUUCGUCAUUCAUCAGGCAUGAGACCGUCAUUUUCACAAUUAUCAAACUCAGCGCCUUCAACUGAGCAUGCUUUAGAAAACAAUAUAACGGUUAUGUUAUUCUCCUCGUAUCGAAGUCCACAAUACGUCUAGUCAUAUUUUUUCAUUACAGUCAUUAG